AUGGACGACGACGCAGCUUGGGAGGCCCAUAGGCCCGAGAUUGAGCGUCUGUAUCUCAAAGGGAAUAUCACCCUCGAAGAACUGGUGAGAAUUAUGCGGGUCGAGUACAACUUCCGUAAAACGGCCAACCAAUAUCAGAGUCAGUUUCGAAAAUGGAACGUCAGGAAACGGCAUGGACGGAACGUAUGGAUAUACAUUGACCAUCAGUCCAAGAAACGAAAAGGACGAGAAACUGAUGUCUUCAUCGAUGGGGAACUCCAAGACCCGUGCAAAGUUCAACGUGAAAUCCGAAGACAGGUAUAUCAGUCAACAAUGGACAGGUUCCGCCAAGCUACAUCUCCAGAAGCUCCUCCAGGGGUGGUGGUCUGCUCCCCCCAACCAAAAAUGGAGCCACUGCAAUGGACCGCAAAUCUCCCGUGGAGGGAAUUUUCUCGCAAUUAUGCCUUCCAGCCAUACCUUAGCUCAGAGGGCCAUUCGGGGACGCUUACUGUUACCGCAUCACUGGCGAACACUAUCGGGCAUAUGUUUCCACAUAUACAUCAAGAACUCAUGCAUGCUCUGAACUCGGACCUCCUCAACUUUAUCGGCUUAAAGAAAACCAACGAGGACCGCACAUCCUCACGAGCUUGUGAAGGGCAGGUACCAAAUGUAACCGACUAUGACCUGGAUCAGAUUCUCCGGUUCACCAUGUUUUUGCUCUCCAACAAACUGUCUAUUCACACACAAAAUGAGAGCCCCGAUCGACAGCAAUGUCUCGCCGAAGAGGAUCAUCGGGUUCUCAAGUUUGUCGAAUUCUCGGGCUUGUCUAGUGCCAACUCAUUUGAACGCCUAUUAUCAACCGCGCAGCCGUCCGCCCAUGCUAUCUCAGAGAGAAUUUUCCAAUCUGCAAUCCGACUGCAUGAGUUGAGGCUCGUCGAGAUGAUGUUGCAGGCUGGGGUGAGCCCCGACCUUCCCAUCACCUCGUAUCAAUCUGGCAAGGAGUUACUGGUAUCGCCCUUGGAGUUUGCUGCGGACGUCAAGAUCAGAAAGGUUUCCAUUGAAUUGACUCGCCUUUUACUGUCAUUCCAUGCCAACAUUAACGAUUUUAAAUGGAAGCCUGCACUCCAAAUCGCUAUCGAGGCCAUGGGAGAUCAUUCCGAUUCCAGUGGCCAAAUUCCAAGGGAGCAUUCUGGUGAAGAUGAACUUCUUCGUGUACUUUUGAAAUCUCGACCUCACCUCGAAACACGAGUUCGACGCUAUAGAGCAAAUGGCCCAACCUUCACAGCUCUCGGCCUUGCUGUAAGCCUAGGCAAGUUAGGAGCAGCUAAGCUGUUGAUCGAUCAUGGUGCGAAUAUAUAUGCGGCCCAACGGACGUAUCUGGAUAGCGACUGCCCUGAUUUCGAAACCGAUUUGCUUGGUCUAGCUUCCAAGAGAGGAGACAUUGCAAUGAUGCAGAUCCUUCUCGAUGCUUCUAUGAACGCGAGAGGUCAAAGCACUCUCUCCUACAAUAUGAUCGGAUCUCUCAUACUCGCCGUGACUUUUAGUCAGGAAGAGGCAACCAAAUUCCUUUUGAAAACUGGUGUCGCUGUCCAGGCUGCUGACAGUUUUCUAAUGGCACGAGAUGCCGACCAAAGAACGCUCGUGGAGAGAGCUUUGGCUCAGCAAAACCUCGAGCUGCAUCUUGCCCUGGUAUCUGCAGGAGCGGUUGUUGGUUGGCCGGCUGUGAGAGACUGCUAUAGCUUCAAGCUGUUUCGUUCAAUCAAGCAGAAUGAUCUUUCAGCUGCAAUAGACCUCCUGAGCUUAGAAGCUCCACCGGAUGAUGUGUACGACGAUUUCCCAGAUAGCGCACUUGGCGCAGCCAUUGCACAAGGGAAUUGUAAGCUCAUCAAGCUCCUCAAAAUUGCAGGUGUUACCCCUAAAGACCUUCGCAUUCCACACAUCCCAGACAUGGAAACAGCACGCUGUCUGGAGGCGAUCAAAUUCCUUCCGACUAUCCUGUCCAACAAUGGUCAAAUAAUACUCACCUGUGCCAUCCUCAAAGGCCAAGAGGACGGAUUGGUAGAGUAUCUUUUAAGCCGUGGUGUGGAUCAACACGAGAUGAGACUUGGUUUUCUUGAACGUUUCGACUAUUGGUUAGACAAUCUGGGGCUACCCGAAUGUCAAACUCCACUGGAGGCAGCCCUGACACGACGCAAUUUGAAUCUAGCACAAACCCUCAUCCACAGAGGCGCAAAGGCUGGCGAGAAUGAACUCAAUGCAAUUGUCUGGCAAGCAGUGUUAACGGACGACGACAGUGUCGUUUGGCAAUUUCUUAAAAUGUUGUCGACUCCUUUCCAGGCGCCCACUGCGGUAGGAAUGGCAGUUCUUUGGGGAAGAACUGAUCUUGUCCGGGUCCUCCUCAAAUUUGGAAUUGAUCCAAAAGGUCGUGUAUACAUGACGGAUCCUCCAGAUGAAGGAGAAGAAGUCACCAAUCAAAAUUCAGGCUGGUGGCACUUGGAAGCCGAAGAAGUUGCGCCGUCGGUUCUACAUGUCGCAGCCUCAAAGGGCGACCGCUCUACACUACAGCUCCUCCUGGAGUUGGGGAUUUGGUCCGAAGAGGACAAGAGCCGCGCCCUCACAGCAUCCAUAUUCUGGAAGAAUUAUCAUCUUGUACCGGAUUUGUUGGAAGCUGGUGCAAGUGUGAACCAGGGUGUGUUGGAGACAUCCGCAUUGUCUGAUAAGGUGAACACCGAGAUGCUGCCUCUGCAACUCGCGGUAAACGCCGGGAAUAUGGACAUGGUGAAACUUCUUCUUCGGAGGGGUGCAAAAAUCAACCAGAUCGAAACUGGCGUCGGGGGCAAGACCCCUUUACAGAUCGCUGCAAAGAACGGCAAUGUGGAGCUUCUCAUGCUGCUUCUGGAGAAAGGAGCCGAAGUGAAUCAGCCCGCUGCAACAAGUAUGGGGGCCACUGCAUUGCAAUUUGCGGCUAUCGAAGGUCAUAUUGAAGUCGUCUGCCGUCUUCUGCACCAUGGCGCCGACGUCAAUGCCCCAAGCUCGCACACCUUUGGGCGGACAGCCAUGGAAGGGGCUGCAGAGCGUGGUCACCUUGAUACACUUCAGCUUCUCCUUAACCAUGGCGCCCAGGUUGAUGGUCCUGGUCGAGUGCAGUUUGUCCGGAGUGUGAAACUGGCCGAAAGCAAUGGCCAUUUUGCUACUGCCGAGUUAUUAAAGUCGACUUGUGGGUGGACGGAGGCAGAUAGAGCUCGUUAUGACUGGCAAAGGCUUGACGAAGAAGAGCAUCUCGGUCCGUAA